CUCGGGUUCCAUUUUCCCCCUCGAGUGUACAAAACAUCAUGGACCCCGUCACAGCGUGCUACAAUUGUAUAAUGUUUGCAGGGCCAUUGCCGACACGAUGGUUCAUCAUAGCUCAAUAAGGUUACAUUUAUUUUGGUUUUAAUUAUAAUAUUAUUUAAGUUUGGGCUGGGUUGUGUGUGUGUUGAUUAACAUUCGAGAAGAAUAAACGUCCGGAAUCCUGCGACUGCUGACGUCACGCCCCACAGUGGGCCAGAAUUGAAUCAAAGUGUGCCAACAUAUUUUUGGUGAAAAUUAUAUUUAAAUAUAUUUAUGAUGGAAAGUUAGUUGUAAGGGGUUUUCUGAUACGUAGAAUUUGAUGUUCAUUGUUUUAAAGGUCUAUGACCUCAUCAUAGUCCUGAAUCGUGAUUGGUCGGCAAGAGUUUAAUAACUACUAAUAUCGUUUUGUUCAUUUUUUCCCCUUGGCAUAUCAAAGAAACAGUUUGUGAACAAAUGUUUUGCGAUGCAAAGUGUGUUUUCAUAAGGGUUUCUAAAAGCGGUACUCAUAAAGGGUGAACUUUCUUUGAUGCUGUCGUUACAGGUGGUUGAGUCAAAACAGGCGUUUCUCAUAGGGGUAUACAACUUCAAAAUUGAAUAAUUUCCAAAGUCGCAAAAUGUCGCAACCAAAUUUGGUUUUAGACUGUUCCUGAAGGUUCAGGCUACUGAAAAAAGUUAGAAUUAAAGCGGCAAUCGGCGGCAUUUUAUAUUUCCUAUGUCUCUAAUUGAAAUAAAUGAAAACUAGGAGGCAUUUUAUGGGAUUUAUCAGACCUUUUCAAACAGUAAACAGAAAUUAAACUGAUUAUUAAUUUAAUUUUCAUGAAAUAUGGACUAUAAACAACCAUCGACACGGUUUUCAUGGCAUUAUCUUUUAUGAGCCGUUCAGGGUCGCAAGUUAAAAUACCCAUUAAGUUCAACGGUUUUGCCGCACUUUGUUACGAUUUUUUGUCAAAAUAGUCAUAACCCUAAUUUUAAAGAGUUUUUUUUCAUAAAUUCUUUCUUUUAACAUACCCCUGGACUAUUAAGAACAAUAACAAAAUGGAAGUACUGAUUUUUGAAACAAUCACCAGUUGCAUAUUUAGUUCUCUCGGCCAGUUAUUCCCUUUUUGAUUUCGAAAUUAUUUUUUGUACGGUUAUUUUACUCAUCAAAGGAAGCUUAAUGUAUUUAAUAUCUAAUUUGUAAUACUUGACCAAGUACCUGUCCUCAUUUUGCAAUCCUUUAUUAGAGUACACGUGCCCGAUAGUGUGUAUAACACUGGCCUAAAACAAAGGCAUUGAAACCGAUUUAAUUAACGCUACCGGAUAUGCGCCUUGCAAAUACACACAUCUGUAAUCCGGUACAAUCAUAAAGCACGUCUGCUUUUCAAAUUUCAUUACCAAAAAUUGGUUUACAAGCCUUGGCUAACCUCGAAUUCAAGAGGUUAAUUGUGCAUUUCCUUGCGCACGUAUACACAAUCCCAUCCAUGGUGAUGCACGAGAUUCACGUUAACGGCUGCGACGCGAAAUGUGUCUGUGUGAGAGAACACAUGGCUUGGAAGUGAUUGCGGUAUAAACUAUGCUGUGAGGUUAGGCGCAAUUUGACUUCUUUUUGAGAAACUGAAUCGGAAUACUCAUUACUACUGGUAAGUGGAAUUUAUGGUUUCAUUAGAUUUAUAAAGUUAAACAAAAAGUCAUACUAAGUUCAGCAGAACUCAAAUGCAGACUAUAAUAGUUUCAUCUUUUAUGUACAAAAUAAUAUCGCAAAACACCGACAAGUACGUUCAGUGUUGUGAUAGUAUUCAAGCUAACCAUUACACAAAUACUUGCUUCUUGGCAGCAUUAAACUGUUACUGGCCUAGGCCAUCCCAGGCUGAGGAAUGGAGACGCAACAAACAAUCUACCUUUCUUUGUCAUGCGAAUCUUUAUUGUGAUCACUGUCGUGGAGGAAUUUAUGGUUCCGCUGGUUAUUCCCGCUGUUGCUUAUCGUUGCUCAAGUUUGAGCGAGCAUAGAGCAAGCAUGGAGCUAUAAAAAGGAGGACGAGUGAGAGAGCACCAAAAUAGCGGUGGAUGAAAAGGCCGUCCAAUUACAAUAUAAUAUUUUUUCAGAUUUCGCUAUAGUUAUUUGAAAUUUAACCCAUUAUGUAAUAUGAAUGGCGGGGAGGGUGGGGCGCACCCUCUGCCACAUAUCAGGCACGGUGUAGUAGUAUUGAUGUUUAUAAAAGCAAGAAGAAGUUGGGCUAUAAAAGCAUUAUUACUUGAACAAGACACGAUUACUAUGAUUUUAUUGCUCUGUGUUUGAAUGAAUCUCUUGCCCUGCAGGAAGAAACCAACAUAAUCACCCCUCAGAUGGUUCCCCUCGGGACGUACCGAUACGCCGUGACUAUGGUCAUAUUGUCAUUCUCUUUGGAUGGUCGCUGGUUGGCGCAAGCAGAUGAUUCGGGAAGAGGUCGUCCGGGUCUUCUGCCGCCUUGCGGACCGUGCCCAGCCCAUCUGAACCAGGGGGCGGUGUGUGGAUCAGACGGUCUGACGUAUCAGAGUCACUGCCGGCUUCGUCAUACCUCGUGUCAGCAAUUGAAUCAGAGAGGCCAGACGGGACUACGUGUGGCACACACUGGGGCCUGCCCACCUGACUCAUACCAAGAUUUCCGGGAUAGAUCAGCGUUAUGUGGGUUGCCUUGCCCACCAACCAAGGUAUAUGUUUGCGGCGACGACGGCCGUACAUACCGGUCCAAAUGUCAUCUACGCCAGGCAGGUUGUCGGGAGAAACGGCUGAUUAGAGUAGCCUCCAAGGGUCCUUGCCGUAGGGGCGAGUUGGGUAUAAACCCGCCCGGAGGUACAGUGGCAGGCACUCUAGGGGGUAACUAUGGCGGUACUGGAAGAGGUAGAGGUAAGCCAUUAGAGAUUGAGGAUGAGAGUGAAGAGGAUGACUCGACAGAAAGGGAAGAUGGAGAUGGAGAUGAUGAAGACGACGACGAUUACGAUGACGAUGAUGGGGAUGACGACUCUGAAGAAGAUAAUAACGAUGUCAAUCCAACUUAUCCAGCACCAAAUCCACCAACUAUGACGUCAUCUGGCUUGACAUCAAGGUUUACAGCCAGACCCCCUCUGACAACAAUGGCCUUUCCGCCUUUUCCAGGGGUCCCCGAGGCCACCGUGCCUCCCAUCCCGAACACGCCGGAGUCAACGCCGCGAACGACGGUACCGUGUCCGACGAGCUGUCCGCUUGAAACGAGCUAUGUGUGCGGCACGAAUGGACAGACGUACAACUCUGAAUGUCUCCUGCGAUCAGCUGCGUGCCAGGCUGGCGACCCUGGUAUACAGGUUGCGUACAUCGGACCAUGCAUCGAACCACCGCACUUUCCCUUUUUUGAAGAUCAAAAUCCAGCCCUGCCAAGGCCAGAGCCCACUAUUGUAGCAGAGCCAACUGAGGCACCAAGGCCCGUAACGGCAGCCAUGCCCGACAGACCACAGCGUCAAAGCUAUUGCCCCUCUGAAGACGAGUGUUCUUUGCUGUACCUGCCAGUCUGCGGUUCAGACGGCGUGACCUACCUCUCAUGGUGCCACCUUAGGGUGGUCGCCUGCGGGAACAAGGUGGUGGUUGAUUCACUCUCCGUGGUGCACAUGGGAGAGUGUCUUGAGCAAGGGGACAACGGAUGUGACGAAUCCUGUUCAGACCAGUUUGAUCCAGUUUGCGGCAGUGACGGCAUGACUUAUUACAGCGAGUGCAACAUGGGACGCAUAGCUUGCCUUCGGGACGAGAGCAAACCCGAAGUUCGUCAUCAGGGAUCAUGUGACCAUCAACCAUUGGAUUGUCCAGAGAGCUGUCCAGGGAUCAAUGACCCCGUGUGUGGAACGGAUGGGAACUCGUACCCAUCCCUUUGUCUCAUCACAAUGGCAUCAUGUCAGUCCAAUAUUAUUGACGGACAAGAACUUCAAACAGCGUAUAGAGGGCUUUGCGUUAAUGAACCAUGCCAGAAGAGCUGUCCAACCAGGUCAUACACCCCACUCUGUGGCUCCAAUGGGCAGACUUAUCAGAACGAGUGUUUCCUCUGGCUUGAUAUGUGCAGACAUCCGCAGCUAGUACGAUUUGACGAAAACUGCAAUCUUGCUAUCCCAUAAAUAAACUACCCAUCAUGAACCCUGUUCACACCGCCCAACAAACUCACAGGAAAUUAACCACCCGGGGAAGUUCUGGGGGUAUUUUAACCCAUGUUUGUUUCACGCUUGGUGGAUGAACAAUGAACAUUUUAAUAUUAUUAUAUAAAAAAACGCCGAAUCGUUACUGAACCUAUAAGUCCAAACACAGGGAAGCAUGUCGUCAUCAUUCUUUGAUUCAUUUUGUUGGGUGUGAUUCAAUAAUGAUAGAACGAAAGACCAUCUAUACGCAUACAAAUAAAUUUUCGUGUUUUACUAUAACUAUUAUUAUAAACCCCUUAAACAAGAGUGCUUGCAAUGGACCAGAAACUCAUGAUGGUGCAAUUUAUUUUUUGCUCAAAUUGAUUCAGAACUGCGUCUACUGAAACCUCGCACGUACACUAACGCUUGAUUUGGUUUGGCCGUUUUACCCAGAGAAUUAGCCCGUAAGAUUUGUAAAUAAUUAAAGAACAAUAUUUUGUAGAGCUUUUUAUGCAAUUUAUUCCAAUGCAGUUGUUGCAGUUUUUAAACUAUGAACUAAGCUUAUCAUUCCGCUUAUACGUUGAUGUGCAGAUCCUUGGCAUCAAUGGAAACUUUAAUUUUGAACUUGCAUUGGCUGGACUACCAAUGUGUCAUUGUACCUAGCCAUGGUUGUACAUAGAGUAUGAAUCUGCUUAGUACAUAUUUUAAGUUCUUCUUUGCAAUUUAAAUGAAACGUGUAAAUGUUGACAUAAUAAACCAAAAUCCAACAAUAAAUACUUUUAUUGGAAAAUAGUAAAUAG